UUAUAGACUUAUAACAAUAAAUUUAUCUUUCUAAACUAAUUAGUCAGAACAAUGUCUAGUGAAUUGAGUUAUUUUGUAGCAAACGAAAUGGAUAGAGUCAUUCAAGAGGAUAACUUUCCUCCAAUGUCUCAAGAUAUAUUCAGUAAGAUAUCAGAACAUAUCUCAAACUUUGACCAAGAUCCAUUUUGUAUUUACGACGAAGGACAUAGCCUAGAUCAAUUCUUUGAAAAUGAGAUUCAGGAGGAGGAUCAAGUUCCAUUAGAGAAACUCCAGAAUGAUCCAAUUAUCUCAUUUGAAAAUAAGGAUCUAACAGAAGAACUCCCACCUCAAUCCAAACUUGAAAAUAAACCUGAUUUUGCACCUGUUCAAAUGGGAUUUGUAAAAGACAAUGAGGUUGAUAAACCUCCAUGAGAUUCAUUAAAUGAGAAAAUCCAUGAAUCUCCCAAAAAUAAAAAUAAAUGCAAUAGGUCCAUAAUACCAUCUGAGUUUCUCUCCUUGAAGAGGAAAGACGUAGUUAUGAAGAGCAUCUUCAGAAUGAUGAGGCGACACUAUUGUAAAUUAUUAGAAGAUGUGACUGGCUAUAACCGUAAGGAAAAAUGCCUCCACAUCAAGCACAAAGAGCUUCUAAAAAGCAUAGUUGAGGGAAUCAAUAAACUCAACUUUAACAACUUCUCAAGCAACAUGGCCUUCUACUUCGGAGCUUUUGCAUAUCCAAGUGAUAUGAGGAAAAUCUUGGAAGAAUCCAAACAACAAUAUCGUACACAAAAUGAAGUUCUCUCCCAAGCCUUAUAUAUUGUUCAGUUGGUAGAUAACUGCUUCAAUCGUUACUCUAAGAAGGUUCUGAAUGAUAUGCUCUCGAUUCCACAGUUUUCCUUCCUCAUCUAUUACUACUUAUCGAAUGUGGAUGAUCUUUCUUCUUACCCUAAACCCUUCCAGAACUGCUCAAAGAUCUUAUGCAAAGCAAAGGACAAUGUAGAAGGUUUUGAUGGCAAUCAAAUAGAGCGCAUCUGCCGUAACAAUUCAUUUGUGCUCAAGGAAGAGUUUUUCCUAUUCCAGGGGAGUGAUUCCUUUUAGUUAUAAAACUAUUUAAUCUUUUGUUAAUAAUUAUUAAUCCAUGAU